AGUUGGCAAUACUUUCUACAAGCCGCAGCCAACUUCACUUCACUUGGAUGAAUAUUGGGAGUGACUAAGUUUCGUUGUAAAGUGUGUGAGCCUACGACAAACGCAUUAAAGAAAUCGGCGGCGCGCAGGGAUUAUUGGAUUUCGUUUAGCACCCGCACACAAAACAAAAGGACGGAACUGGAUUAGCCAAGGAUAUCGAGUCGAAAGCGAGCGAUAGCAAAACAAAUUGAAAAAAUGGGUGCAAGAGAAGACGAGUACGAUUAUCUGUUCAAAGUUGUCCUUAUCGGUGACUCCGGUGUUGGUAAAAGUAAUUUGCUUUCACGUUUCACGCGCAAUGAAUUCAAUUUGGAGUCCAAGUCGACUAUUGGCGUUGAGUUUGCAACGCGCAGCAUAGAGGUCGAUGGCAAAACAAUUAAAGCGCAAAUCUGGGAUACGGCUGGCCAGGAGCGUUAUCGCGCCAUCACCUCUGCCUAUUAUCGCGGUGCUGUUGGAGCCCUGCUCGUCUAUGACAUUGCCAAGCAUCUGACCUACGAGAAUGUGGAGCGGUGGCUGAGGGAGUUGCGCGACCACGCUGACCAAAACAUUGUCAUCAUGCUGGUGGGCAACAAGUCCGACUUGCGACACUUGCGCUCCGUGCCCACGGACGAGGCGAAACUGUUUGCCGAGCGCAAUGGCUUGAGUUUCAUAGAAACCUCGGCCCUAGACUCGACAAACGUUGAAACGGCAUUCCAGAACAUACUCACAGAGAUCUAUCGCAUUGUGUCGCAGAAACAAAUCAGAGAUCCGCCGGAAGGCGAUGUCAUUCGCCCGUCGAACGUGGAGCCCAUCGACGUGAAGCCAACUGUUACCGCCGAUGUACGCAAGCAGUGCUGUCAGUGACCGCCCCAAGCAACUUUCGCUAUCCCCCGCAACCGCCAGAACAGCAACAUAAACAGAAGCAACAGCAAUUACAACUACAACAGCAGCAACAACUACAACUUCAAGAUCAGAAGGAGCGAAUUUCUGAUGGACCGCAUAAGAUGUUUUUGUGUUAUUCAACCACAGUUUGUCAUAUGUGCAUAAAUUGAUAAAUCAAAUCAAAUCAACACCACCAACACCAGCAGCAGCAACAGAAUCGAAAACCACAUCCGGCUGUAGUUAACUGCGGUUUAAACUGAAGUUUUAUAUAUACAGAUUUAAAUAAUAUCGCAUAAAUCGAUCGCCGUGGAAAAAAGCAAGCAAAACUAAACACUCCAAAUUCAGUUUAAGCUGUAGAACUAUAAUUUAUAUAAAUAUACAUAUAUGCUAAUAUUAAAAA